AUGGCAGAGCAAGAACAGGUGGCACCCGAAGUUGAACAAGAUGAGGAAGAAAAUGUUGAUUACAAACCACCUAAAGAAAUGUCUAUAUCGGAAAUUGUCUGUCAGGAUGCAGAAGAUGAAAGUCUUAGAAAGUAUAAAGAGACCUUACUGGGCAGUUGUCUCGCAGGGAAUGUUAUAAUUGAUGAGAAGAACCCUAACAAAGUUAUAAUACAGAAACUGUCGUUGCUAGCUGAAGGCAGAGAUGAGAUGUCUCUUGAUCUUACAAAACCUGAAGAAGAGAUCAAGAAAGAGUCAUUCACAUUGAAAGAAGGCUGCAAGUAUAGGAUUAAGAUAUACUUCUUUGUACAAAGAGAAAUUGUCUCUGGACUUCGUUAUGAGCACAAAGUAUACAGAAAGGGUAUCCAAGUGGAUACGAUGAAACAGAUGAUGGGAAGUUACGGACCCAAAUUUGACCUCCAGUCAUUUACAACUCAAGAAGAGGAAGCCCCACAUGGCAUGUUGAUGAGAGGCGACUAUAAGAUCAAGUCCAGAUUCGUCGAUGAUGAUAAAAAUGAGUUUGUAACCUGGGAGUGGCAUUUGUCGGUAAAGAAAGACUGGUGUUAG